AUGGGCGUCCGUGAGAAUCAACUCUACCCACCAGAAGACAAUCCCAAGCGAGCGGCCUACCUGAAGUACAAGUCGCUUAAGACCGGCGACACGUAUUGCAAAUACGGCAAGAAUGAUGACGUCAAUCCGACAGACUGCAAUCCUGUGCCAAACAUUUUCGCGGGGACCGCUGAUGGGAUGCAAUACCGAACAGAGGUGCUGGCAAAGUGCGUCUGCACCACAGGAACCGGGUGCAAGCUGUGGCAUCGACCAUUUUUGUGCGCAUUGCACUCGGCACAUUGUUGGAGCGAUUUGGGAUGA